GUGCUGAGAGAAAUCCAGCAAAGCAUGUGUCCUUCAAGCCCAGAGCAGCUAAAAUCUUAAGCUCCAGGCAGCCGUGCUGUGUGGAGGAGGAGGCGCAGGAUCAGGAGCGUGCGCCCCGGCAGGUGGCGGGGAGUCACAGGGAGGGUAGAUGUAGAGCGUCYGGAUCGUCUACGUCGUCUAAUCCUAAUAAAACCACUGAGGGAAGGAACGGCUGCUGGACCUCCUCUAAAACACACCACAAAGACCGCAGCGUCAGAGGGGCCACCAGAGGAAGGGAUGGGGUGACGUCAAACAAACACAAACUCACCGCCACUGUUGGACCACCGGGAGCCAAUGGGAAAGCAGGACAGCCUCUGAAUGCUCGAGGAGGUGGGAGUAAGAGCGUAAAGCAGACCGGUGUGGAGAACAACCUGGUGUGUUUGACCAGCGAACAGCUGCAGCAGAUCCUCAACGCUGUCAAGACCCCCAGCAACGGACAACAGGACCCAGAGGAGCAGGCAGCACAAGAGGAUCCAGCAGACCUCAGAUCUGACUCUGUGACAGGAGGAGGAAGAGAAAUAAGAGAGGAAGACAAAGGAGGAGGUGAAGAACUGAUGGAUGGAGGAGGAACUGCUGCAGACAGAAGCUCAGCAGAAAAAGAUAACGGGUUCUCCAGAUCUUUGUUCAGCUGGCUGGAGGAGCGAGAAUCAGACAGCAGGGCCACCAUCGACGCCAAGAAGGCUCAGUGGAAGAGGGAACUAGAUGAACAGGUGGCGCUGAAGCAGCAGCGCUCAGCACCCAGCAGACUGCAGGUUGAGGAGUAUGCAGAGAGUGUGUUGUCAGUUCAGAGCUCCAUCAGCCACAGAGAACAACCUGCAGCCGUCAGGUCCAACCUCAGGCUCGGGGAGGUCACUCCGAUGGAGGAGUCGUCGAGCACUGAGAGGAAAGAGGAGCAGAGGAGGCGCUGGCUGCAGGAGCUGGACCGUCAGAAAGAGGAGGCGGCUCAGCGCAGGAAACAAGAGAAGCUCCUGAAGAGCCAGCCAGAAGACCACGAGCGCUGGGCCGCGCACUUCGACUCGCACCAGAGGAGCCGUCUGGUCCGGACUCCGGCCGCCUCGGCUCCGCCUCCAGGCCGGCUCGACGGCUCCGAGCGAGGGGACUGGGACCCCUCGUCCAGCUUGUCCCUGGCCUGGGAGGCCAGCAGCUGCGGGGGUGCGGAGAGCGUCCUCGGAGCCAGGGGGGGCUCCACCAGCGGCUGCCCCACCAGAACCAGCUACCUGAGGACCAUGACCUCCCUGCUGGACCCCGCCCAGGUGGAGGAGAGGGAGAGGAGGAGGCUCAAACAGCUGGAGCAGCAGAGGGCAAUCGAGGCCCAGAUGGAGGAGCGCCGGAGGCACAGGGAGCAGGAGGAGGCGAAGAAGAGACGGGAGGAAGAGGAGGAGGAGAAGAGGGUGGCCCAGGAAAGGGAGAAGCUGCAGAAAGUUUACGAUUUGGAAACACAGAGGAGGAAACAGAAGGAGGAGGUGGUCCACCAGGAGGAGGUGGUCCACCAGGAGGCUCACUGUAAUGGCAGACUGGAGGAGACCUCCAGAGAGUCGAGGGAUUUGGAGACCACCAGCAGCUCCACCUCCUCGUUCAAAGACARGGCUGUUCAAACAGACGAGGCUCCUCCUGUCGUCCUUCAGAGUUCAGACGCUGCCCUCCCUCCUCCUCCUCCUCCUCCUCCUCGGUCUGCUGCUCCCUCCACCAGGAGUCGGGCGGUGCGAACGGGGAAGGAGAACGUCUGUUUGCCAGUAGGAGACCCGUACGAGCCAUUUGCCAGGACUGAGAGGAGCCGCAGAGACAAGAGGAGGCCGGAGUGGAACACGCACAGGCCCAGCCGCCAGUUCGUUCCAGCCUCGGAGCGUUACCCCGUCGCUCUGCAGAGGAACCGGCAGGAGAACCGCCUGAGGAGGCAAGCCGAGCUCCUCGCUCUGCAGGAGAGAACCCGCCAGACCAGAACCGAAGCUCCUCCUCAGAACCAAGAGCCCCGCCUCGGUCCCAGCAGCCAGAGCGCCGGUUCAGUCAGGAAGGUGGAAAUGGGUUCUAAAGGGAUCAGCGACCCCCCAGCCAGGGGCCGCUCCCCUCCUGUACCCGCCAUCAAACAUGAAGUCCAGAGCCAGCAGGCUUCCCGCUCCUCUUCUCCGGUUCUGGAGUUCGUUCCCUACAUCCGGACCAACGAGGUCUUCAACCUGAACCCCCUGGAUCCAGCUGACACGKCCCCCCCUCACACACACUCCGGCGCUCCGCCCGACAGUACGGCGUCUCCUCCCGCUCCUGCGCACCGAGACCGGCUCCUCCACCACACGCACACACACCGGCAGCAGGAGAUCCUGAGAGGCCUGGCUCAGCUUCGACAGGGUUUGUUACAGAAGCAGAAGGAGCUGGAGAUGGAUCUGAAUCCUCUCUGGAGUCGCCACGACGAGCAACAGCUACCUUCGAUGAAACGCAACAAAACAUGACCUCCGGCCGCCGCCGACACGGAUCAGCUGAUCGGACAGGAAAACAUUUGAAAACAUCGUGAGGAAGACGAGGGUUUAUGGAUCGUCUGCAAACCAUGAAAUCAGUAAAAUCAGGCUCUAAUAUUCAGUAAAAUCAAAAACAAUUUUUUUUUAGCAAAACCACAUCAGAUAUUUCAGAAUCAGACAUUAUUUAAUUCCAACAAUUGAUUCAUAUAAAUUAAAUUACCGUAUUUAUUCAUGUAUAAAAAUCUGUGUAUAAACCCCCCACCCCCCAACACACACACACACACACACACACACUUUAUAGAUGACUCUGGUAAAUUUCUAGCAUUAUACAUGAAUAAAUACAAUAAUCACUGGUUUUCUGAACCCGUCUGAGCUAAAAUCCUUCGUGUUCAAAUAAUCGACUUGAAUAAAUUAUGAAUUAAAUGUUUGUUUUUUUUGUUUAUUGUUUUUUAUUUAUUGUGACUUCAAUAAAUGAUGUGCAGUUCACA